CACAACUCCGUCACUCCACAGUCCACAAGUUCAAGGUCGGGUCCAUUGACUGGCGUCGAUAGCUUCGUGCUUGCUUCCGCGAGCAGCACAAUCACCAGAUACAGCCAUGUCUAGCGUAGCAAGGAGUACCGCCGCAAAGCACUUUCAAGGUGUGCUGAGCCGCUGGCCCAAGGACCCCCUCCGUCCGACCUGCCAGCUCCAGGAUGUCCUCGCAAAGCGAUUGGAGAAAGGCGCGUUAGCACCCUCAACAAAGUGGUCGACACAGGAUCAUGCCGAUCUUAAACAAGUCAAUGCCCUAUACUCGCUCCUCGAAGAUCGGUACAAGAACAAGUUCCGCGCUCCUACCAAAUUGUUUGAACCCCAGAGCAAUCCCACGUACUACAAGGACCUCGUUAAGGAGCUCGAGGAGGCGCCGAAGCGAUCGUUUUGGGGGCGGUUAGCAAAGAGGCUCGGCGGCAUGAUCCGGUUGUGACGAGCGCCAGAUCCCGACUGUACAAUACAACAUCUGCAUCACUGGGCGUCGGGAGUUUUGGGAAAGCCUUUGGGGGAGGCAUAUACCUUAUGUAUUACCACCAUAUGACAGCAUGAUCUGUGUACAAACACCUUUUGUCUACCAAUGCAUCUCGAAAUACAUAUACUCAAACCCGCUCCAAC